UUUUCGUUUGCCGCUACGAACAGACGUGUCGCGCUGUCGCUGGGCUUAGCAGCUGCAAGCAACAACAAAAACAAACAACAAUUUUUGCGUCGCGUCGACUCAGCUGCCACUCGCAUUGUUUACAAGAAAUAAACAAACAUAUGUGCAAAAGUUAAAUAAAUAAUUAAAAGCCAUAGCAAAUUAGCUAAUUGCAAUAAUAAUAACAACAACAAAAGGUACUACAAGUGGCUGUAUGUGUAUGUGUGUGUUUCUGUGUUAGUGUUGCAUAGAGUGCCAAAGUCAGCAGAAAGAAAAAAACAAAAAACAACAAAGUAAAACUAUUAACGAAAGCUACCAAAGCAAACCAAACGAAAAUCAAACCCAAGCAAACCCAACAGCAGCAGCAGCGCAGCAGCAGCAGCAGCAGCCGCAGCUGCGUCAUCAACAACGUUGCGCAGUUCAAGUCGACGACGCCGGCUUUGGCAUCAUUAGUUUUGCUUGAUCUCGACUGACGCCGAGCUGCUUGCGCCUGCAGCGCAGCUCUCUUACCUGUCAAACAGGUUUCCAGACAUCAACAACAACAACAACAGCUAGCAUAAGCAGUGUAAGACAAAGUAGAAGAAGAAGAAGUAGCAGUAGCCGCGCGCGUCUCGCAACCAACAUAAAAAAGGUUUUGUGUGUGUGUGUGUAUAUGAGUGUUACCUGCAAAUGUGUGCGUAGCUGCUUCUUGGAAACCUUUCAAGCGUCGAUUGUCGUCGCCUGCAUACAACUACGACAACAACAACAACAACAACAUUGGUGAUUUCUGAUUAACAACAACAACAGCAGCAGCAGCAGCAAGAGCGCGCAAAGCAAACGGCCGAUUAUAACAGUGAAAAAGUGUGCGUGUUUUUGUGCUUGUGUAUGUGUGUGCGUAAAGUGCAGGCAAAGGCAAAGAAAAUGCUUGAGGUUUAAGACCUGGCCAACUGAAGGGCCAACAAACCGAACUGCCGCACGCAACAACAAGAAGAGCAAGCAGAAGCGACGCCAUUUUGAAUUUUGAAUUUAGUUGUGUUUUUUGUUGUUGGUUGAUUCUAAUUUCCAACUCGGUUUUCGUUAUUUUCCAAAAAUAUAUAUUGUGUUAAAAACAUUUUUGGCCGCAAUGUGGCGCUGCUGUGAAGCGCGCUGCUAGACCAGCAGCAGGAGAGGAGUGAAGGAGUGCAGGCGACAGCGGCUGAACUUUUACCGUAACGAUUCGCUUAAGAGAGUGCGAAUAUAUUGGAAACAAAAACUUUUUGCCGAGACAAGCGUCAACUGCAGCUGCAGCGAUAAACGCAGCGCUUAUAAUAACAAUAAGAAGAACAACAACAAAAACAGUAAAACGACAAGAUGAGAGCAACAACAACAACAACAGCAGCAGCAGCAAGCGCAGCGAAUGCGACAGCAACAACAAAGCGAAGCAGCAGAAGAACCAGCAGCAACAGCACAGCGCAAACAUAUUGGAAAUUAUUUUUUAUCGUCCUGUUAACAACGUUGAGCGGCUGCUGUCUGGUCCUGGCCGAUGAGUCCAUCGACACCCGCGAGAACGCGGAUCUCGUGUUGAAGUGUCGCUUCACCGAGAAAUAUGAGGCAAACGAUUUCUCAUUCUUUUGGACGCGUUCGAUAUCGAAUCCGGCGCAAUUUGACAACGUAGCCAUUGGUGAAGUGCAGUUGAGUUCCGGCUAUAGACUCGACUUUCAACCGGAGCGCGGCAUUUAUGAUCUGCAGAUCAAGAAUGUCUCCUAUAAUCGGGACAAUGGACGCUUCGAGUGCCGCAUCAAGGCCAAAGGCACCGGUGCCGAUGUGCAUCAGGAAUUUCAUAAUCUCACCGUCCUAACGCCCCCACAUCCGCCCGUCAUCUCGCCCGGCAGCAUUGCCGUUGCCACCGAGGACAAACCCAUGGAGCUGACAUGCAGCAGCAUUGGCGGCUCACCGGAUCCCACCAUAACCUGGUACCGCGAGGGUUCAAACUCGCCGCUGCCCGCCACUGUGCUGCGCGGUGGCACCAAGGAUCAACCCACCAAUGCCACGCUGUCGAUUACACCACGUCGCGAAGACGAUGGCGCCAAGUACAAGUGUGUGGUGCGCAAUCGCGCCAUGAACGAGGGCAAACGCCUGGAGGCGACAACCACAUUGAAUGUUAACUACUAUGCCCGCGUCGAGGUUGGACCAGAGAAUCCGCUGCGCGUGGAACGUGACCGCACUGCCAAAUUGGAGUGUAAUGUGGACGCCAAGCCGAAGGUGCCGAAUGUCCGCUGGACACGCAACGGCAGCUUCAUUAGCUCCUCGCUGGUGCACACCAUUCACAGGGUGAGCGUGCAGGAUGCGGGCAAGUAUACGUGCAGCGCCGAUAAUGGUCUGGGCAAGGCCGGCGAGCAGGAGCUCAUACUCGAUAUACUCUAUCCGCCCACCGUUGUCAUUGAGUCAAAGACGCGCGAGGCCGAAGAGGGCGAAACCGUUAACAUACGCUGCAAUGUGACCGCCAAUCCGGCGCCCGUCACCAUCGAAUGGUUAAAGGAGAAUGCUCCAGAAUUUCGCUAUAAUGGCGAUGUCUUGACCCUCAACUCUGUGCGCGCCGAGCACGCGGGCAAUUACAUUUGCCGCGCCGUCAACAUUAUGCAGAGUCAGGGCCAGGAGCGCAGCGAACGCGUUGGCAACUCGACCGUGGCACUCCUCGUGCGUCAUCGUCCCGGCCAGGCAUACAUAACGCCCAACAAGCCUGUGGUGCAUGUCGGCAAUGGCGUUACCCUAACCUGCUCGGCCAAUCCGCCCGGCUGGCCGGUGCCACAGUAUCGCUGGUUCCGCGACAUGGAUGGCGAAUUCUCUUCCCGGCAAAAGAUUCUGGCACAGGGUCCGCAGUACUCCAUACCGAAGGCGCAUCUCGGCAAUGAGGGCAAGUACCAUUGUCAUGCGGUCAACGAACUGGGCAUUGGCAAAAUGGCCACCAUUGUGCUGGAGAUCCAUCAGCCGCCGCAAUUCCUGGCCAAGCUGCAGCAGCACAUGACCCGUCGCGUCGCGGACAAUGACUAUGCGGUUACGUGCAGUGCCAAGGGCAAGCCGGCACCUAGUAUUAAAUGGCUCAAGGAUGGCGUCGAAAUACUGCCCGAACUGAAUCUAUACGAGGUCAAAACGAAUCCCGAUCAGGGUCCCAAUGGCAUGGUCACCGUCCAGAGCAUGCUCAAGUUCCGCGGCACGGCGCGUCCCGGCGGCAAUCAGCUGGUGCCCGGAGAUCGUGGCCUCUACACGUGUCUCUACCAGAACGAGGUGAACUCCGCCAAUUCCUCCAUGCAGCUACGCAUCGAACACGAGCCCAUUGUGCUCCAUCAGUACAACAAGGUGGCCUUUGAUAUACGCGAAACUGCCGAGGUGGUCUGCAAGGUUCAAGCCUAUCCCAAGCCCGAGUUCCAGUGGCAAUUCGGCAACAAUCCCUCACCCCUGACGAUGUCUUCCGAUGGUCACUACGAGAUUAGCACCACAACGGAUAACAAUGAUAUCUACACCUCGGUGUUGCGCAUCAAUUCGCUGACCCACUCGGAUUACGGCGAGUACACGUGCCGUGUGGUCAACUCUCUGAACACCAUACGCGCGCCCAUCAGGCUGCAGCAGAAGGGUCCGCCGGAGAAGCCCACGAACUUGCGUGCCGUGGAUGUGGGCCACAAUUAUGUGACACUCAGCUGGGAUCCGGGCUUUGAUGGUGGCUUGAGCAAGACCAAGUUCUUUGUCAGCUAUCGACGCGUGGCCAUGCCCCGAGAGGAGCAAUUGAUACCGGACUGUGCAACGCUUGCGAAUGCCAAUUCCGAUUGGGUGGAGGUCGACUGCCAGCGGGAUAUACCCUGCAAGGUCACCUCGCUUGAUCAGCACCAGAGCUAUGCGUUCAAGGUGAAGGCGCUGAACCCCAAGAACGGCUCACCCUACUCCAAUGAGAUCACGACGACCACUAAAGUGAGCCGCAUACCGCCACCCCUGCAGGUCACCUACGAGCCGAGCACACGCACCCUGGGCAUCGAUGUGGGCGCCACUUGCCUCAAUCUUGUCGCUGUUGUCGAGACCAUGCUGCACGGCGACACACCCAUGGCCGCCUGGGAUCUGGUGGAUAUUGUCGACAACCUUCAGUUAUCUGGCAAUGGACCCACGCACAAGGAGAAGGUCAUCGAUCGCCUAAUUGGGCCACGUCGCAGCGGCGGCGGACGGGCUCUGGGUCACACCAUCAACGACGAUGACGAGGAACAUGAUGCGGGACUGAAUAACUUGGCGCUGGAGCAGGACGACAACAGUCCCGUGGUGCGGGUGAAACUCUGCCUGCGCAAUAAUCACGAGCAUUGCGGCGACUACACGGAUGCCGAGAUUGGACGUCCGUAUAUCGCGGAGGCUAGCGCCCUGGCCACGCCCACACUGAUUGCGAUAAUCGUGUCGUGCAUUGUAUUCACACUGUUCGCCGGCCUGCUGCUCAUGUUCUGCCGCUGCAAGCGCAAUCAGUCGAAGAAGAGCGCCGCCGCCAAGGACUACGAAAUGGACUCGGUGCGGCCCUCGAUUGUGGCUGCCCAACAAAAUCAGGCACCGCCACCCUACUACCCGGCCAGCGGUCUGGACAACAAGGCCCUCGAGCACUCGAUGGAUCUGGCCCUCAACAUGGAGGACCAAAAGACAGCUCUCUAUGCGACCCAAAAUGGCUACAGCUAUCAUCCGGGCAGCGGAGUCGUCGGCGUCAAUGUGGGUGGCAGUGUUGUUGGUGUCGGCGGCGGUGUUGGCAGCAUCGGUGGCGGCGGCGUUGUUGGUGUGACCGGCAUACCCGGUUUGACAGGACACACGUUGCCAGGAAAUGAAUGGGUCAACAUGGGCUACAUGGAGAACAAUUAUUCCAAUUCGAAUAAUGGCGGCAGCGUCAACUCACAGGACUCGCUCUGGCAGGUAAAAAUGUCCGCGGCUGCGGUUGGAAAUCAACAGACACUCGUCCAGGCGCCACACAAUCAGUAUGUGGAACAGCAGCCCACCUAUGGUUACGAUCCGCUUACGCAUGGCGGCUAUGGGGCUGUCGAUGAUUAUGCACCAUAUCCACAUUUGACGGCCACGCCCAGCCAGGUGGGCGAUGAAUAUCAUAAUUUGCGCAACAGUCAAAAUCCGUCCCGGCAGGACUACUGCUGUGAUCCCUAUGCAUCGGUACAGAAGCCCAAGAAACGUGUCGAUCAACAUUUAGAUUCACCAUAUCACGACGUAAGCGGCCUGCCGAACCCCUACAACAUGGAGCACAUGGAACAGGAUGAGGUGCUGCCGCCCCAACAGCACAUGUCCCUCGGCUACGAUGACAGUUUCGAGGGCGAAUACUCGACAACGCCCAAUGCUCGAAAUCGUCGUGUCAUACGCGAAAUUAUUGUCUAAGCUAACUCUCGGAUACACAAUAAUGAAAACAGCUAAAGCAGCAGCAACAACAACAGCUACACCAACAAGAAGAACAGGCACUUUUAUCUAACUAUACAACACCCUUACACGCCCCGCACCCCACAUCAUGCACCAUCAUCAUACAACAUCAUGCAAAGGUAAAAAAAAAUCUCCCCAUCAGCAUUACAACGAAAUCUCAAUUUUAUUUACUUAAUUUUUUACUCAAUUUGAGAAGUGGCCAUUUUUGAAUUUUUUUGAUACUUAUAUAGAGUUUUUGUUGUUUAUAUAAGAAGGUAUGAUAAAUCGAUAACGAAGGGAAAGAAUGCGAUAACGAUAAAUGCUAGUUUAGUUGAGGGUACGUGUGUUGAGUUUUAUUGGCAACGAAUUGAUAUAUACAUAUAUGAUAUGAUAUGAUACGAUACGAUAUUUCGAUAGUUAAGGCAUCGAGUUUCUCAUUAUCAAAACAGCUCUAGUUAAGGUCGUGGCAGCACUUUGUUGACACACACACACACACACACACUCACACAGUCUCCCACACACUCACACACAUGCACUAAAUGUUAAAUUACUUACUUAUAUAGAACAGUUAAGUACAGUAAAACCUAUGCUAUUAGGUCCCAGUCGCAUUCGCAAGAAACGGUACGAAAUUUACGUUUAAGGCAUCAAAUGUUGAAAUGAGCAUAUUUCAAAAAAAAAAACAAAAAAGGAAAAAGAAUAUAUAUAGAAAACAAACAAAAAAAUAUAUCUCA